CGACACUUUUUCGAGCUGCACAGAAAAUAUUCCGUAUCCUCACAAUGGCGCCGGCAGCUCAAAAAAGACAGUGGAAGAAUGAAGCGGGAGAGAGGAGACCGAAAAAGAAAGUGAAGCGGGUCAAAAAGCAGGACGACUACUACAGCUCAUCUGAAGAUGAAGCGGAUGGAGCGACGCAGAGAGCAUCUGAUGCGCCCAAAAACAUGCCGAAGCGGGUCGCAAAGGUGGUAGAGACAGAGCCAACUGGAGGCAACUCAUUACCUCUGGGCGAGAGGGUGCCGGGCAAGAACACCACCUCAAGACGAGAGAAGAAGAGCGUCCCACGACCGAAGCCUAUUCUCAAGAAAGCUGCACCCGUCCAGAUCUCCAAAGCAACGGCACCGCAAGCAGCAAGCGAUAGCGAGGAAGACGAAGAAGAUGAGGAGGAUGAUGCGGGUGUAGCAGUCGGCGAUUUGGAGACAAAUACAGCUUUGAAUAUGAACGUCGACGAGAGCUCAGCAGACGAUCUUGAGGACGAAGACGAUGAGCCCAAUCUCGACGACGCCGCUUCUUCCGGCGAAGACUCAGAAGCCGGAGACUCCGAAUCUGAAGGCUCAGUGGCAACGUCGCAGGCAUCCUCCACAAAUCCGAGAAAGCAGAAAAAGCGCAACGAUCCCGACGCGUUCGCGACCAGCAUCACCAAAAUUCUCUCCACGAAAUUGUCCACUGCUAAACGGCAAGACCCCGUUCUGUCACGCUCCAAAUCUGCACUUGAAGCGAACAAAGCACUCGCGGACUCUAAACUCGAAGCCAAAGCUCGCGCCCAGAUCAAAUCUGAGAAAAGAGCAGCGUUGGAGAAGGGCAGGGUCAAAGAUGUGUUGGGUCUGGAAACAGCAGAAGUGGAUACAGGCGCAGUAUUAGAAGAGGAGAAGAGGCUGAAGAAGAUCGCGCAAAGAGGUGUGGUGUUUAUGUUCAAUGCUGUGAGAAAAGCGCAAAUUAGCGCUGAGGAAGAGAGGAGGAAGCUGCAAGGUGAGGGCGUUGUGGGCAUGAAGAAGAGAGAAGAGAGGGUCAACGAAAUGAGUAAGCAGGGCUUCUUGGAUUUGAUCAGUAGUGGGGGCAAGCAGCAGCAGAAGCAAGUUGGGGCGAUGGAGGAAGCGUAAGGCGUGCACGCAGAUGAUACGCGAUAAGGAAGGUUACUCACGCAGGAUCUGUGAGGGGAACGGAGACGAUAUCUGGUCAUGCUGUCGUUAUCGCUGCAUGCACUACGCCGUCCUGCAUCUGCAAUUCAUGCUGGCAGCUUCGAGCAUCACACAGCGGGCUAGGCUAUGUCCACGAGGGACAUGAUCGCGGCGAGCAAUGAAGGCCAGUGCCGCAGGAGGGCGGCUGCCGGUCGGCAUCCGAGGAAGUGCAAAAUGAGUGCUGGGGGCGGUGUGGCAUCUUGAGCUUUCUGUGUUGGCUCAAGUGCCUCUCGAGACGCGGCGGGAAGUGGUCUCACUGAAGGGCUUGUCCUGACGGUGAUGGAAGUGUGGUAGCUUGAAGGCUAUGCCGGCUAUUCGCUCUGCACCUGGCCGUGUACAGCACAUAUGCUGAUAAGUUUUUAGAUCAUGGGCAUAGAUCAAUACGUCUAAUCCGGGCCUUCUGAGCACGAUCUCUAAUCUGAGUUGGAGAUGAAUGGAACAUCCAUUGGUAGUCUACCAGCCACAACCUGCCAAG